AUGCUAUCAUGGCGUCCUCAUCUACAGGUAUGUAUGUAUGUAUCUGUAGAUUUUCAUUACAAUGGAUUCUUUUCGCCAAACCCAUUGGUGUACUUAGACCCCAUAAAAACAAAUGUACGUGAUGUGGAUUUUGGGGGAUUUACGUAUAAAGUGUUUCUUUUGUGGCUUACGGAAUUAACCAAUGGAGCCUGUGAUAAUGUCUACUACUGUAUGAGAAAGGAAUGCUUUUGUGAGGGUAUUAGAAGAAUCAACAGUGAUGUUGAUUAUUGGGACUUUGUGGAAACUGUUUAUAGUUUGGAAAGUGAUAGUCUUGAGAGUGAGUUAGAUGUGUACAUUGACCACCGAAAUGAACCAAUUCUUGAUUGGGCUGAUAACGAGUUCUUAGCAGAUGGUAAAGGGUAUGAGUCGGAUUAUAUGGAUGAAGAGGAUGACAAGGAUUCUGAAGUUUCAAUGAUAAUGGAAUAUGAACAUGAAUGGGAUGAUGAAGAGGAACAUACUUUUGAUAAAAUUGUUGGAGACCCAUUCUUGGACAAACUUUCAGGGCAUAUUAGUGAUGAUGAUGAAGAGGAAGCAAACAAUGGGAAGCUUAAGGAUGUUGUGUUCCCUGUCCAUAAUGAGAAUCAAGAAUGGGAGCAAAUGGUGCUAGUUUUGGGUAUGAAGUUUUCUAAUCCAUUAAAUGCAAUGAAGUAUGCAUUUCAUGAGAUAGAGGGUACUUUGAAAGAGCAUUAUGCAAAAACAUGGAGUUAUGGAGAAGAGAUAAGAAGGACUAACCCUGGAUCAAUAGUGAAGAUGGAUGUAGAUGUCAUGCCUAAUGGAACCACAUAUUUCUCAAAGUUUUAUGUAUGUUUCAAGCGAUUGAAGGAUGGAUGGGUUGAAGGUUAUAGGAGGGUAAUUGGACUAGGUGGUUGCUUCCUAAAGGGAAUAUGCAGAGGUCAAUUGCUCUCUGCUAUAGGUAGAGAUGCAAAUAACCAUAUAUAUCCCAUUGCUUGGGCUAUUGUAUCAAUGGAAAGUAAAGAAACAUGGAAGUGGUUUAUUGACCUUCUAAUUGAGAACCUUGGAAUGGGAGUUGGGCAUGGACUAACCUUGAUAUCAGAUCAACACAAAGGCCAACUGUUUAGAAAGCUUUUAUGGUAUGCUGCUACAGCUACUACCCCUGCAAAAUUUGAACAACACAUGAAUGAAAUCAAGAAAUUAGAGCCACUAGCUUAUGACCAUUUGAUGGAAAGGGACCCUAAAACUUGGAGUAAAGCAUUUUUUCAGACUGGUAGGGCUUGUGAUGCAUAUGAAAAUGGUAUAUCUAAGAGUUUCAACUCUGUGAUUGAAGUUUCCAGGAAGAGACCACUAAUCACCAUGUUAGAAGAAAUUUGA